GAGGCGGAAACCUGCUGGUUCAGUAGAAGAAAGGUCGCUCCAUAUAAAUGUGUUAACUCAUUUGUAAUAUUCUCAUGAAUUGCAGAAGAAGAGUAGAGAUAUUUGACGAGAGCAACAGGAGAAAAAUCAAACUGUCUGGAGGUGGGAGAUGUAAGGCAGCAGGACACCUGGCUCGUGCGUAAAAUGGAUACUGCUGCGACCCCUUGAAGGACUGCCGUCACAGUUGUGCUCCAUCACUGAAGAAGAAGACACUGAUCUGUCCUGUGGAUUUAUACCUCGGAACAAUCCAAAGUGUUACAUUUACACUUCGGGUUGCUUUAAGUGUCCACACGCUACAUUACACUACGACAGUAGCUCAGGUCCCUCCCUCUAGUCAAAAUGACAGAGAGGGUCCCAUGGUGGAAGGCAUUCCUGCCAAAAAAGAAGAGCGGAGGCCCUAAGGACACCAGUACAACCCACACCCUUGACCCGGACUUUGAUCCUUUUGCACAACAGACUGAGAAGCAAAAAGAUCCCGCAGCCUCCAAGACCAGCGGCGACCAGUCCCUGUCUCAACAAGAGUCCAGCAAGAGCUCCAGCCUCGCCAGCGAUGACACCUACGACGACUCCCGCCUGGAGUCGGUCUUCAACGAGCAGACAUGCCGCAGGAACAUGAAGGUGUCACGCUCAGGUCGAUUUAAGGAGAAGCGGAGAGUGCGCUCGAGCCUUCCUCUACAGGAGAAAGAGACUUAGAAUGAGGACAUGUGGUGACGGAGAGGAAGAGGAGGAGAAGAUGGAUCAGGAGAAGUUGAUCCAAGACUGUUGCUUUAGUAAAAAAAGAUGCUUGAAGAAAAGGAGAGGGUGUUGAGUACAUGAAGAUGCUUCAUUCUCUUGAGGCAUACCAAGAGGUCAGUUGUAUGUAAGUUGCGAUGGUGAUGAUGAAGAUGAGACGAUGAUGGAGCAUUUAACACUUAACCCAAUACUGCAGGAAUGAGGUUAUGAGGUAUAUGACAAAUUGGAAAUGUGGACAUUUUUGUUGAUGAUCAUCAACUUGAAAUUGAUUAUAUCUUUUCUUCAUGUUGGUUAUUGAACCAUUUCGCCAACAAUAUCCCAUAAUCAAAGCCCAAAAGAAGAGAUACAGUACUAAUGCUGUAAGUACUUAAGAGCGCAAUAUGUAGUGUGUAUCCCAAAGUGUCCCUGGUUCAGUCCCGGACAUUGCCAUCAUUGGAAAACUCCAAAAAUGACCUACAAACUUUUAAGAAAGCACAAUCCUUGAAUCCAAUUUUCUGUCAAUACUCAAGAUUAGGUGUGAUAUAAGCUCCCAGAAAAUAUUGUUCAUAAGAUGUCUACAUUAUUUCCGUCAUAAGAAUUAUAUAUGUUUGAUAAUGAAGAAUAGUAGUAUAAGUAAUGCUCCUUUUACUAAUGCUUUUACAAAACACAUGUUGAUUCUAAAGGGUUAGAAGGAUGUUUAUGAAGGUGUAAAAUUAUUUCAUUAUAAUGUGUGAAAAAAGAAAUCAGUUAGUGGAAGAAAUUAAGGAAUGCUUGUGAGCAGCUUUUAGUCAAGACGCACAACACUUGCCAGCAAAACUGCAUAAAUACUCUAAAUGAAGGACGAAGCCCAGCAUGCUUUAUGACAUAAUGGGUCCUAUUGAAGUAAGAAGGUAAUGUCGUGACUGGCGAUAUUUAGCUGAAUGAUAAAUGGCCAUGUAGCUAAGGAAACAUGAUCCGUAUGUAGUUUGCUUUGCAGGACUACUGUAUUUUGGACCACCUGUGAACUCCUAAAUGAAGGCAAAAUAUGAGAAAUAAAUCUGAUAACUGCUGAUAACAA